ACGCCAUGGUCAAAAUCACCGGUUAUGAUUCUAACUCCUCGGUCAUCUUCCGGAUUAAAGCGGUCCAUAGACUUCAUUUCGCAGUUGGCGUCGGCGAAGCGAUUGAACAGAAUCCCAUAGUGUAUGAGAUCACGCUCUACGAUCGAGCUGUCGGAAGUCGAGAUGGUAUCCUUGUCAUGGCCGUGGUCGGUCGAUUCAGUUGGGAAUCCGCGGCCCGUGUGGGCCAAGACCGCGAGGCAGAGGAGUUGGAGUCCGUGAGCGCCGAGCAUGGUUCCUGAAUCAAUGGAAGAGAAAUAUUAUCUGGCUGGGGGACUGUGUGACGGUUUUGUAUAUCUCUGCUGCCAUAUAUUUCGGUUCAGACAGUCCGGUACCGUAGGUUUGUUUGGUGUCCGACAUUUUGCGUUCCAUGGAAUUGUUGCAGGCACCAAGCGAGUAACAAAGCAGUGACUGCGCAAAUUUCGGGCACUUGCCUGAGCCGAACCUGCGCGUGCCUGCCAACGAAUGAGGUACGACAUCCAUCAUUGGCAUGUGAUGACCGUGGUAUACAUUACCGGGCUUUAGGUUGUUCGCUUGGUCAGAGUAU